GAAACAUAUCCUUUCUCUUCUUUUCUCUUUGAGGAGAUAAAACCCUAACGGCUGCUGCUGCUCUUCGGAGUUCUCGGCUUCUUCAGCUCCACAUCGUCUCCUACCACAAUGAAGUUCAAUAUCGCAAAUCCGACCACGGGGUGUCAGAAGAAACUCGAGAUCGAUGAUGACCAGAAACUCCGGGCAUUUUUUGACAAGAGGAUCUCACAGGAAGUUAAUGGGGAUGCUUUGGGCGAGGAAUUUAAGGGCUAUGUUUUCAAAAUCAUGGGAGGAUGUGACAAACAAGGGUUCCCCAUGAAGCAGGGAGUGCUUACCCCUGGCCGUGUACGCUUGCUGCUCCAUAGAGGUACUCCCUGUUUCCGUGGAUAUGGUAGGCGUAAUGGAGAGCGCAGGAGGAAAUCUGUUCGUGGUUGCAUUGUGAGCCCUGAUCUUUCAGUUCUCAACCUGAUAAUUGUGAAGAAAGGUGAGAAUGACCUUCCUGGGUUGACUGACACUGAGAAGCCAAGAAUGAGAGGUCCAAAGAGAGCAUCUAAAAUCAGAAAGUUGUUCAACCUAUCCAAAGAGGAUGAUGUUCGUAAAUACGUCAAUACAUAUCGCCGAACUUUCACUACUAAAUCAGGAAAGAAGUGCAGCAAAGCACCCAAGAUCCAGAGGCUGGUGACUCCCUUGACCCUGCAAAGGAAGCGUGCCAGGAUUGCCGAGAAGAAGAAGAGGAUUGCAAAAGCCAAGUCUGAAGCUGCAGAGUACCAGAAACUUCUUGCCUCCAGGCUCAAGGAGCAGAGGGAGCGUCGCAGUGAGAGUUUGGCCAAGAGAAGAUCCAAACUUUCGGCUGCCUCUAAACCAUCAGUUGCUGCCUAAAACCUUUUCUUUGAUUGGAGUGCUUGUUGUUUGAACUUACAUUCCCUCUGUUCUUUUCCUGUGUUUAGGAAAUUUUGAGCACUAUCUAUCUUUCUCUUUUAUCAUGAUUUGUGAGAUUUUGUUUUUAUGAGGAUUGUUGCACUUAUUGUUCAGAGUUAUGGACCUUAAUCUAUUUUACAGUUUGAAUCUU